UCCUGCCGCCAGAGAUGAAGAGGUGGGUCAGGGAAUGCGGUCCGGAGACCAGUUCCCAGGCAGUGGCCCUGGCAGAAGGGUUCCUCCUGAGACAAGCAGAUGCGGAGAAUCAGGGCCAGCAGGAGCAGGAGAAAAUCGUGCAGGAGCCUUGCCACAGAGCAGCUUUUCUGGGGGGGGCCUUGAAACCAACAAUACAUUCUUCGCCAUCUCUUCGUGACAGAGAGAGAGCAGCUUCUGUGUGGCCAGAUCUGGGUCUAGUGACCUUUGAGGAAGUGUGUGUUCAGUUCACCGAGGAGGAGUGGGCUUUGCUGGAUCUGGACCAAAGAAGCCUUCACAAGGAGGUCAUGGAGAACAUUUGUCUGAAUGUGGCCUCUAUAGGAGGACUUCUGGUUCCCAAACCUGACUGCAUUUCCAGGCUGCAAGGAAAUGGAAAUCCAUUAUUCCAGGACCCAGAAGAAAAAGAGAGAUCAAAAGGGCCUAUAGAGGUAGAUGCAGCAUCGCUUGAAGCUGCUCUAAUUGAUCCCUCUUGA